CAAAAAGUAUGCCCGCGCCUGAUCUAGAGGGAUGUUUACUUUUAGUAUAUCAAUUUUCUCUUUAACACAUUCCCAAAAACUCUCAAUUACUCGACAAUCCCAGAAAAUAUGGGAAUGGUCCCCGACUUUUCCGCAUUUUUUUCCCCAGCAUAGUUCUACUUGUGGUUCCUUGAUGUAUGAGGAGCUAGUUAAGGGUGUAUUAAAGUAUCUUAGCUUCACUUUCCAAUUAUAUUCUUUCCAUAGUUAACUACCUAUCCCUUUAUGACAUGAGCUGCAUAUCCCCCUCCCAUCAUACCUCAUACCGUCAUACCUCAUUUGUACAUGCAUAUACCAUAAACGUAAACAUGAAAAAAAAAAACAUUUUCCCCCGCCUUUAACCUGCCAACCCAUUCCCAGGGAGCGGUAAUUACUUUCAGAAGUGCCUGGGGAAAACUGCUGCUGCUACUUACUACUGCUCCGUGGUUUGUUUCAUUUACGUUAUUUGUGUCUCUGCGCAAAUCUUAUAAUCCUUUGGUGGUUAAAACAACAUGGUUAAGGUAUUCUCUGCAGGCUAUGUAUAUUUACAAUGGCAAAACUCUUCCAGGUGAUGAAUGCAUAACCUUGUGUUUAACGGUAAACACCUUCAAUAAGAUUCAGUGACUUAGGAAACACUAGUCAUUUGUUGGAUUUUAAAAACAAAAAAUAUGUCAUUAAAGGAUAAAAGGAGAAGAAGUAAUUGCUUUUGCUUGACGUUUGAAUCAAUUGGCGGUCUAACUUGUGAAGGCUACGGUUGUAAAUGUCAAGCAGCAAAAAAACGGCCGACUAAAGCUGAAACGUUCUGGGAGUGAUGCACUGGCUUCCCCUGGUUGCCAUGGUGAUUGCCUCGGCCCUUCCUCUCCCUCACAACCCCAUGUCCAGGAUUGCUGUUGCAAUAACAGAGCCUGGCUUCAAUGACCAAAGAGAGGACCAUCAUGACCCGGCCACGACACACCUUGCUACUGCCACAAUCAACUACUACCCACAUGGUAAUGCCACACACAUGGAAUUUUAUGUGGUCGGUGGUUUAGGCCAGUAUACUGACGGACAGACUCUCCAAAACAGCAAGGAUUAUGCGAAGAAAUCUUCCAUGCAUCAGGAGACACAAACACUGGACGUAAAGCAUCAAAAUCCCAACCUGUCAAAGAGCAACCUAGGCAGCGCUAACCAAAAGAGUGCGAUUGUAGAAGGCCAAACUCUUGGGACUGGGAAUACCUUUAGUGAUAAUUCUCUGCCAAAGGACAACACGGUUGAUGGGAGCAGCAGGCAAGAUUACUCUGGUUUUAUAGACUGGUACAGAAAGGACAAUCAUCAGGUUUCCAUAAACAGGCCCAUCAAAAACAGUAACGCUCUUUCGCCUGCCGUGACUCUAAAAGGUCCCCAGGGACAAGAGCAAAUGUUUCCGUCAGAGAACCAAAGAGCUACAUCGGCACUCGGCAUUGGAACUGGGCUAGCACCAGAAGCUGGCAACAGUGUAGCUAAAGAGAGCCUAUCUGCUGAGGCAAGUAUGGACCACGGCACCAGGCUGAACAGCCUCUUAGAAGGAGACGAGGCAUUUCUGGACGCACAUCCACGAGUCCUAUUUUCACCCUCCCUGUCUCCUCCAGAACACCCACCUCUGAUGCUCAUGUUGGAGACGGGGCUGCUAAGGGAGGAGGGGGAUGAUGGUGACCAAGAGGACACGGACAGACACGUUGAAGGUCACGGAGAUUGGGCGAUUGACAGGAGCACGGCCGCAAGUUGGUUGGAUUUGCCCGAUGGAGCUGCCGGUGAGGCUGGCCGCCCCGUCAAACGGGACAAACGUUCACACUUACUGGACAGACGGAGAGGUGAAAAGGCUGUGUGUGAGUCAGAGAGUGUUUGGGUCACUGACAAAAAGAGCGCAAUAGACUCGCACGGUCGGAUGGUCACCGUUUUGCAGGAAAUCCCAACCCAAACAGGACCACUCAAACAGUUCUUCUAUGAGACUCGCUGCCGCCAGCCCGAACCAGGGAGCAAUCCAGCACGGUUGGGCAACAGAUCGGUUGGCGCAGGCGUGGCUGGAUCUGGCUGCUUUGGCGUGGACAAAAAACAGUGGCUGAGUGAAUGCAAAGCUAAGCAGUCAUACGUGAGAGCACUCACGAAGGACACCAACAACAGAACCGGGUGGAGAUGGAUCCGCAUUGACUCAUCCUGUGUCUGUGUGUUGUUGUCCAGAGCCAAUCUGGGUAGGGAGGUCCUGACUAGGAAUGGGAAGGGCUAAGAAAGAAAGUGGGAAAAGAUGAACUAAAAAGGGAAGCCAUCCCUAACCCUUCAUCCAUACUUGCCGUCAUUUUUCCACCUCCUUUAAAAAAAAAAUAACGAAAAGACCUCAAUACUAGACCUUAGAUCAAAGGAAAUUGUAGAGAUACUACUUUCAAAAGUACUGUUUUGUAUGAUCCUUUCAUGAGUAAUAAGUUAUUUUUGAUUAGUACGUAAGCAUGUGUAUGUCUUUGAUAUUAAUAUAUUCCUUUACAUUUGUGUACAAUAAGACACCAAUAUACCUGUAUGUUAAAUAAAUAUCUGUAUGUAUUUAUAGAAAGUGCCUUAUCAAAAUUCCAACCUCUGGUCCACUUGUGUGUAAAAGAGGAAGAGCGCCACCUACUGAGGGUUUGUUUCAGUGCCCACCAGGGUAACUUGAGAUUUUGUGCUUUUAUUUAGCGACGCUCGUUGUCAGUACACGAAACAAAUAUGGUGCUGAAAUAAUGUGCGUCUGCCCGGUUUGUUAAUAAAAAGUAAAUUUUUUUUUUUUUUUUUUUACAUUUAUGACACUAAAGAAGCUAAUUCUAUUGUUCAAUUGCUUUUGCCUGUCAAACUUAGUAAUAAAAUAUAUUUUUACUCAUUAUUUUGUACAGCGGGAAUGACAGUGUCUGCUAUUUAUUAGAUAUCCUUUCCAAUCGUAUUUCCUCAUUUACCGUUCCCGGAUCUACCUGUGAAGGUGUUGGUUUUUUUUUUUUUUGGCUGCUAAAAUAAGCUAAUUCAUUUGUGAAAGUAAUCACAUUAACAUUCGUAAUGAAUUUUAACGCAUGGGCACAAUGAUUCAACCACAGCGCUUCCACUCAUCGUUGCUCCGAAACAGUCGAUACAUGUUGUCGUUUACAAACACUGCAGGGAAAAGUUGUUUUAUUUUUAAUUAUUUUUUUCCCUUUUUAAAAUCAUUUGUUUCAGUGACAAAAGACAAAAGUAAAAUAUUUAAUGUUCACAGUAGAUCUUUGUCUUUAAAGUUGGCAAUUUAAAAGAAAAAAAAUCAGAAAAGUCACUAAUGUUGUCUGAAGGCAUUUAUCAGAAUAAAAAAAAUAAAAAAAUAAAAAAAAUUAAAGUUAACCCUACAAAACCAUUCCUAUUUGCUCUACAAGAUUCUGGGAGAAAAACUGUUUAGGUUGUUUCAAUUUUAAAAUGUAGAGCAAUUUAUUUUGUGAACAUUGUUGUAAGCAAAAAGUUCUAACCAAAUCUACGUUUUUUUUUUUUGUUUUUUUUUUAUUUGUUUUUAAAAUCAAAGUUAAAAAAUGUACGUAACGUG